AUGGUCAGAAUCGCGGUAAGCCACGACAAAUACGUUCUUUCAGUGGCGAAGUACACCUUUGGCUCCACUCUCACGACAACAGAUAUCUUCUUACCUGGCGGAGCAGUGAACUUGGUGUCGAAAACGGUUCCUUCAGGAACUUUGUUGAACGAGUUGUCUGGCUUGGUGAAGUUCUUGUACCACGAAACAACCUUUCCGUACAGAGUUGUGUCUUCUGGCUCAGAAAGCUCUUCGAUUCUGUUGUCGUUCUCGUUGAACGAAACCGCGCCCAUAUGGGAACCGUUCCACAUCCUUGGGUGGCAGACUUGGGAACGGAUAGUUCACACCAAUGUCCAUUCUUCUCCAGUUGCCAUGAGUUCUGUCGAUACCGUCGAAAUUGUCCUCGCGCACCAUCGUGAGCUCCGUAUCGAGAGAAAUUCUCACUCUGGCAUCCCCGGGAAGCUGGAAAGCUGUUCUGUUGUAGAACGAUCUCAUCACAGGUCUGAACUUGUCCUUGAUGACUCUGUAUUGAACCUCCUGGGCCAAUCUCUCGAGCUUGGACAAAUUCACAAUCAGCGAGUCGUAGUUGUCCUUGUAGAAUGCUUUUGCGUUGAGUCUGGCUUGGAAAAUCGGCUUGAGGAUGAACUUGGUGAGUUUAUCGUGCUUCUUCAAAAUCUUCUGAAACCCAAUGUAAUUGAGUCUGGUGAACUUGUUGAGAUCGUGCACAUCGGCAAUGAUAUCACUAAGCUCUUCUUCCAAGUCCUGGAAAUCCUGCUCGUAGAACUCGGCCUCUUCCUCGGUGGCAUUUUUCGAGUUCUUCACGGUGUUGUUGACCAGCGUCUCCAUCUCCUUCAUUCUUCGUAG